UGUCCUGUGCGCGCAUGCGCACUACACCGCAGCGUGUUUCAUAAACGCGGAAUCUGCGGUUCUCAAGGAGCGGGUUGUUUACAGAAGCCAUUCAAACAUGAGUGACGAUAAUGAAAGAGACAGUAGGAAGACGAAAAGAAAAACAGAUUCGGAUGAUUUAAAGGCGCCUGGGAAGAAGAGACAGAAAAUAAAAGACAAAAACGAGGAAAAGAGCGCCGCAGUGCAGAAAUCAGACGCUCUCACUGCUAAAGCGGACUCAACAAAAACUAAAGUGAAAGCUUCUAGCAAAGACAAGGACAAAGGAAAAAAAAAAAAAUCUGCCCACUCAACAGACUGGUCUGAGGAUGAUAAGAGAAACAACUCAGAUGGCGGAAAAAAUACUUCUGAAAUAAAGAGGAACGAGAAAGGACAACUUGUGUUUAAAGACCACCCAGAGUUCACACCUAACUUGACUCCUAAAGAGGUUUUACAGGCAGGCAGUUUUGGGGGUACCUAUUUUAGGCCCAUCUACUCCAGUAUCACAAAGCAACAUUACAAAGAUAUUUGGCAGGAGAUUCCCAACGACUGGCUGGAUGGGCUAAACAUCUCUAAACAGGUGGCUUCAUCCACAUACAGGGAAAAUGUGAACACCUAUAAUGUAAAAUGUGGAGGCAGUCUAGAGAUGUGGGAAAGCAGUGGCUGGAUUGUGCCCCAGGAUCCGUACGGCUGGUUCCAGUGGUACUGCAGGUUUUACCAGGGCAGGCGAACAGAGGACGAUGCACGUCAGAUCAGUCGCUGGGCCAAAUGUGCAGGAGUCAAAGGUCGGUGGAGGCAGAAUCUCAUCACAAAAGUGGUCCGGUCCGGUUGUGCUUAUGACAACCUCGGUGUUUCCCCUGUGGUCAGACAGACUCUGCAGCACUGGGGCUACAAACUCACCCUGGAGGACUAUAAGGAAGGAGCAAAGAGAGUCAAACUCAAAUAGGAUUAACAGACUUUCAAAUUGGCCUCAUUUGAUUUAUCACAUAGUGCUGAAGAUAGUUGGCCUUACCGCAUGGAAAUAAUCCCACAACUCUGAUUCAAUAAUUUAAUCUUUGUCUGACCAAGGGAUUUGUUUAGCUGAGUAGACCUAUGGUAAUAUUACUGCUGUAUUUGGUUCCCAUUGGACAGGUUUUCUGUAAGCUGUUUUGGUAAAUAGAAAAGUUAGAAUAAUAGUCUAUUUUUAAAAUUUGGAUCCAAAGCAGAAGCAGACAUGAAUUGUUUUUUUCUUGUCGCAGACUUAUACUUGCGUGCCUUGGAGGAAUGUGGAGAACAGAUCUGUAAUCGGAUGUGGGCAUUGUUACGAUUAUUUUUAUUUUGACAAUAGUUUAUUUUUCUAGGUUUAUUUUUAAUACAGGCUGAACGUGCUUCUCUAUUUGACUGCACUCUAUCAUAUACAAACUUUCCAGUGGUUUUUUGUUGACAUCACAUUGCACCAUUUGGUUUUAUAAACAGGUGGAACUUUUUUUUUUUUUAAAUGGGUCAUUUUUGUUAUGCAGUACAUUUUCAUGCUCCUUGUAUAUGUAUUGAUAUCAGAUAUUAGUGGAUGUACUCGUUUCUUUGAUGUUUUAUGAUAUUGGUUGGUUUGCAUCAAUUUCUAUCCUAUUAGAUUUUAGACAUGUAUGUGAUGAUAUAUAAAAAUUGAACAAUUUAACAAACAAUUCUAAAACUAAACUUGACAGGCUUCUAUGAAUUAACACCAAUCCCCGAACUUCAGUUACUUAUUCCAAUACGUUUAAAGUUCAUGUCAUUGUGUAAACAAUACAA